AUGGCAACAAAAUCAAAAUAUCUCAAAAGGAGUCUUAAAAUCCCCUUCGCCUAAAAUGUCUUACAUGAACUAAAUGAAAUAAGUAAUUUAAUUGAUUAAGUUAUGUACUUGUUAGAAAUACAAAGUAUCAAAUCAAAUGAAUUUAGAAUUUACUUCCAUUUAUUUAUUUUCUUAUCAUAAAACAAGUGAAAAUGCUUUAUUGAUAUCUAAAAUUAUCAAGUAAAAAUAUCCCACACUUUAUGAAGUAUAAAAUGCCAUACUCUUAAUUUUAGAUUAUUAGCAUUAAAACUAUUGAGAAAUUUUAUCAUUAUGAACCACUUGAAGAAGGACUUGUCGACUUAUUUAUACGAAAGAAAGUUUCAUCCAUUAUAAUAAAACUUACUUUCUAUCCAACAUAAGAAGAAAUUGCUAAUCCGGGAUGUUAAACAUUUUUAUUUGAUUAGAGAGCUUAAUAUUAAAAUCUUUCGUUAAGUGAACUCUAUUAGGCUCUCUAUGCAAUUUAAUAAUAUCCAUAAUACAAAGAAAAUUAUUCAGAUUAGGGCUAUAAUCAAGAUGAUGUUUAAGUUGAUAGGAUAGAAUAUGAUGGAAAAAAUAGCAUUGUAGAAGUGUUUAGAAUUUAAAUUAAAGAAUUUGUAUUAAAACAUAAAGAUAUUUAUGGGUAAGAAAUGAAUUUUUAGAUACCAACAUAGAUUCCAUAAUAAAGAGAUUGUUAAAAUCAUUUAUUAACUUUUUAAAUUCAGUAGUAAAAUUAAGGUUUCUUCAAUAAUAAUAGAGAGUUUGUAGAUAAAGAUCAUCACAAAUAUUCUCAGAACUUUAAUAAUUAUCAUCGACCUGAUGAAGAUGGCUUUGAGGAAAUAAAUCUGCAAGGGCUUAAUCAGAAUCCUGGCUUUAACCCAUAAACCAAAUUACCAAAUGAUAGUUAAAAACCCUAAAAAAUUGAGCCCAUCAACUAUCAAGAUAAUCAACUUUAAUAAAAUCGUUAAACCUUUGAAGCAAAGCAAUCCUCCGGAAAUCUUUAAAACCCAAAUUAGUAUUCCUAAGAAGAUUCUGUUAAUUCUGAUUCACUUGAAAGUUAAACAAUGAAUUAGAAAAAUCACAAAAAUAAAAACAAAAAAAACAAUAGGGACAAUCAGGAUGGCAGGGAUAAAGUGGAUAACAGGGAAGACAGUGAUAAUAAUGAUGAUAGACUUAAAUAGAAUUGUGAUGAUUUGUUAAGCGACGAAUAAAGCAAAUAUUAGGAUAAUAAGGAUGAUUGGGGUCAUUUGAGAGGUGACAAUAAUCGAGAUAAUUAAGAUAAAAUUUAAAAUUAGGUUGACAAAAGUAAAUAGGAUUGGGGUUGUUUGUCAAGCGACGAUAAUAACCAGAAUUAAGAUAACAGGUAUAAUUAAGAUAACGGGAAUGAUUGGGAUCGUUUGAGAAGCAAUGAUAGCAGCAAUAUUUAGGAUAACGUGGAUAAUUGGAAUAAUAGAGACAAAAGAAGGGAUUAAAGAGAUAUUAGAGACAACAGAAACGAUAAUUCAGAUAUGAGAGACAACAGAAGGGAUAAUAGAGAUGACAUGUAUAAUAGAAGGGGCAACAGGGAUCCUAGAAAUUAUAGGGAUAAUAAAGAUAAUAGAGGCAACAGAAGGGGUAAUAGAAAUAAUAGAGAAUAUAAGGAUUAAGAUUAUCAAUAUAAUAAUAAAAAAUGGAAUAAAGGAGAUAAUAAAGAAAAAUGGGGUAAUAAAGAUCAGAAAUCUAUUAAUUCGAGCUAUAGUGACAAUAUAGAAAACAGCUAAUCUAGUAGUUAUACAAAUAAUUCUAUGGAUAGUAGAGAUAAUUCUGACGUUGAAAUGAGUAAUGAAAAUUAAAGAGAAACAGAUACUUAUGAUUAUCAGAAAGAAUACAAAAAUUAUAAAAAAAAAAAAAACUCUAGAAAAAUUAAGUUUAAUCCAUUUAUUGAAACUAUGAAUUAGAAUUAAAAUGAAAUUUCAGAAUAUAAAGACAAAAGAGAAGCCGAUUAGAGAGUUUCUGUUAAUAAAUCAAUACAAUUAAGAGGUAACCAAAGAAGAAUUCCCCGUUAAUUUAAUUAUUGA